AUGGCUAAUGAGAUAAGUAAGUGUUUACGUGAUUGGGGGUUGGAUAAAAAUUUUACCAUCACAGUUGAUAAUGCUAGUUCGAAUGAUGUGACUGUGAAAGAGUUGUCGAAGAUAUUCACCAAACGGGGUACCAAUUUUAUGAAUGUAGAACACCUUCAUGUGAGGUGUAUGGCACAUAUUCUAAAUCUUGUUGUUCAAGAUGGUUUGAAAGUGUCGGCUGCUUCUAUUGGACGGGUUAGAAAAGCAGUUAAAUACAUUAGGUUGUCUCCUACAAGGUGUAAGAGGUUCCAUGAAUGUGCUAAAGAUGUUGAUAUCAAUUGUAAGAAAUCUUUAUGUUUGGAUGUUUGUACGAGGUGGAACUCCACAUACUUGAUGUUGAACAGGGCUAUUGAGUUUGAAAAUGUGUUUUCCAGUUAUGUUGAUCGUGAUAUUGGUUUGUUGCAUUACCUUCAAUUUGUUGAGGAUGAAGAUGAAACUGCUGCCGGUGCACUUUCGAGUGAUGACUGGAACAAUGUAAAGAAAGUUGUUGAUUUCCUUCAAAUCUUCUAUGAUCUUACUAGAGAAGUAUCUGGAUCACAGUACGUUACAUCAAAUUUACACUUUCUUAAGAUUUGUGAAGUUUCUUGUUAUUUGAAAAAAAUGAUAGUGAGUGAAGAUGACAUUGAUGAUCUUUUGGGUAAAAUUGCUAAAAAUAUGAGAGAAAAAUUUGAUAAGUAUUGGGGUACUCCUAACAAAAUGAAUAAGAUGAUUUUUAUUUCUUGUGUUUUGGAUCCUCGACACAAGUUUGUUUCGGUUGGCUUUGCACUUCAAAUGAUGUUUAGAAAAGAAAAAGGACUAGUUCUAGAGCAUGAAGUUAGAGGCUACAUGGAUUUAAUGUUUGGUGAAUAUGUAAAGUCUCUUUCAAAAGAUAAAGAUAGUCAUCACUCUUCAUCUUUAUCUAGCUCUUCAUUUGAAAAGUUCAGUUCACUGCCUUCAAGUUCAGAUAGUACUGUCCAAUCAAUUGGAUCUUUGGGGUCAUUCAUGGUUGAUCGAAUGAAACAUAAAGCUGGAAAUGCUACAAUUGUUAAAACAGAAUUGCAAAAAUAUCUUGGUGAAGAAAAUGAAGUUGAAACCAAGAACUUUAACAUCCUGUCUUGGUGGAAAAUAAACUCACCUAGAUUUCCAAUUCUUGCCGAGAUGGCUCGAAAUGUGUUAGCUAUUCCUAUUUCAAGUGUGGCAUCCGAGUGUGCAUUUAGCACUGGUGGACGUAUUUUGGAUUCAUUUAGGAGUUCAUUAACUCCUAAAUUGGUGCAAACUCUAGUGUGCCUUCAAGAUUGGAUUCAAAGUGAAUCACGACAUGUUAGUGUUGAGGAAGAUAUAGAUGUCCUUGAACAACUUGAACAAGCAUUCUUGAUAAUUAACAUGGAGUUGAAGCUCUUCUUUGUUGCAUUUGGAUGUGGACAUUUGCUGUUAAAGAUAGUUCAAGAUAAACUGCCGAUUUACAACUGGGCUUGGUUCUAA